AUGGCGACAUUGACGCUGAUAAACAUGGCGUACUGCGUGCUGAUCCUAGUGGGCAAGGUAAUCCAGAGGCUGGUGUUCGGCGAACUCCGCGUCUCCGAGCAGCAGCACAUCAAGGACAAGUUUUGGAAUUUUGUCUUCUACAAGUUCAUAUUCGUCUUUGGCGUCAUCAACGUGCAGUAUAUGGAUGAAGUGGUGCUCUGGUGCGCCUGGUUUUCCGUCCUCGGUUUCCUGCACUUGCUCGCGCAGCUUUGCAAGGACCGCUUCGAAUACCUCUCAUUUUCACCAACUACACCAACAUGGAGCCACUUCCGCUUGCUGGCACUUUUGCUUGGCAUCUUGAUGCUGUCUGGUGUCCUGUUCAUAGUCUGCAUACUUGUUGGCUUUUUUGGCAGUGGACUCAACACCUUUGCGUUCAUGGUUGCAGAGUGCAUCCAACUGACAGUUCAGACACUGCACACAGUGCUGCGGUACUGCCUGCACUUGUAUGACCUCCGGGGGAGUGGAGCUGGUACAGGUGGUAGCGGCUCUGCAGAAGGCUUUGGAGAGGCAAGAGUGUGGGAACGACGUGGUCCUGCUGCUUACUAUGCGCAGCUCAUAUUUGAACUGGCAGCACUUGUUGUAGACUUGUUACACCAUCUGCACAUGUUGCUCUGGUCAAAUAUUUUCCUUUCAAUGGCAUCACUUGUCAUCUGUAUGCAGCUGCGCUACCUCGGCCAUGAAAUCCAACGAAGACUCAAGAGACAUCGAAACUACCUGUGGGUGCUUAGACACAUGCAGCAAAACUAUCCUAUGGCAACACCAGAAGAGCUUGCUGAAAAUUCUGACAACUGUGCAAUCUGCUGGGAGAAGAUGGAAUCUGCAAGGCGUCUGCCAUGUUCUCAUCUCUUUCACAAUUCUUGUUUGCAGUCGUGGCUGGAGCAAGAUACUUCAUGUCCAACAUGCAGACUGGCUUUGAGCAUACAGGGUCCAUCUGAUGGCGGUAGUCGCAACCAGAUGGAACUUGUUCCUCCUGAUAACACUCCUGCCACAAGGAGACAGCCAAACAACCACUUCUUCCACUUUGAUGGUUCACGAUAUGUAUCGUGGCUGCCUAGCUUUUCGGUUGAAGUGACGCAUACCAUAUUGAUGAGGCCUGAUCAGAGGCCACUUCCUGCUCAGACAUCACAGUUAGAUUCUAUGGCAUUGCAGGUACAACAGCUAUUUCCAAACAUGCCACUCCCAACAAUUGUGGAGGACUUGCAGGUUACUCGGUCUGUUGAACUGACAGUUGAAAAUAUCCUUGAUGGGAGGCUUGUGGCACCAUUGCAGCCGGCAGCAUCACAAACACCUGCUAUUGAGCCUUCCCCACCAGUCUCUGCUCCACUGCAUCAUACAUUUAGGGAGGACAAUGAUCAUCCUCAUAGCAGUAGUGGUAUGCCGGACAUAGCACUCUCAGGGGGCCGCUUCUCAAAAUCUCCAAGUGAGCGGGAGCGAAUUUUACGUCUACGCAAGGAACAGUUAUUGAACACUGCACGCCGUCGUUACAUAGAGAGGCGAGGAGGAUCGAGUGCGUCGCCCAGCGCUGGCUCCAGUGGUAGCACCUGACGGGUAUUCGGAGCCACGGGGGUCGGUGCACGGGCCACUGUCCCGGGUGUCUCAAAUGCUCGACUGCUGAGAGCAAGGGCUGGGCUCAUGGCAGCAGAGCGUAUGCGGCACACCUUCUCCUGCAGGCUCUCUGUUAUGACCCCACCUCCGCCCUAGGUAGUCGUGUACUUCCUGCACUGAAAAGGAACUGAUGGACUUGGUUAGAAAAUGGAAAGUGGCCACUCACAUUUACAGUGACUGGUUACUCAUUUUAAAAAUGAAUUAACUUUCUGAAAUGUAAAAUUUGAUGUGGUGCUUCUUUUAAAUGCAGCAGAUUUUUCAAUAAGUAAAAAAUUUCUUUAUUAGCAGUAGUUAUGAGGGGAUGUAUUGGACUGCAUAAUAAUGCUUGUACAGAAUUAAACUUUGAAUUCAUUUUUUGUGGUUCUUAGACUAUGAUACUUGUUGGAUGAGAAUUAGUUUAAAGUUGACAUAGAGGAUUUGUUGUAACAUAACAUUAUUAGAAUUGUUUCUCUGAACUAGUUGUAAUAAUUAUAUUGAGAACAGUGAACUCGUAUUUCUGCAGAAGUUAUUCCAUAUCGCAGUUAUCUAUUCCGUCUUCAUUGAGAAAAAGUAUAUUACCUAUUUCAGGUAAUAAAUUACUUGUAGAAAUGCAUGACAAUAUUCUACAAUUUUUCUCCACCACAGGUUAUUUGUUGAGAACAGUGAUGUUUGAUUGCUCAGCAAAACCUGAGCUUAAAGCUGUGGGGAAAGAUUGAAUGCAUGGUUAAAAUGAAGGCUGCAUUUAAAGGACUGUGUGAAUGUGAGUGACCAUUUCCAGUAGGUUGCUGAUGCUUGAUAUCAUACCACUGAGACACAUGUUCCAUUAUUUUGUUGUAUCUUAUUGUCCAAUUACAGAGGUCAGUUUGCAUCAGUUUAUUGUAUACAUGGUUGUAAGAACUGUUUUACUCAUUCUCCUUUCCUUGCUGGUCAGGAAUUGAAAUAUGGCUUAGAAGAAGUGGAAAAUAAUUUUUGGUUGGUUUAGUGUCAUGUUGUUUUGAAAUCAUCUUUCCUUUCGUUCCUUGUGUAAAUGAAAGUGAAUACAACAAAUUUUUUACCCUUAGAGAAUAAUAGUGUUAAGAUCUCACUGUGUCUGAUUAUGGUGGUUUGUGGGAGAGUAGUGGAAAAACUUGCCUGAAUUGGUUACUUUGAGCUUUUGUGGUUAUUUUAGUAUCCUUUAUGAAAGAUGUCCCGAGCACUCAGUACCUAUAGAAACGAUGAUGUACAUCCACUUAAAAUACCUCAUUAUGUAGCACUCCCUUAUAAAAUGGGAACUGCAGACACAAUGUUUUCUAAAUGGGCAUACAGUAAAAGUUCCAAAUUGCUUAGAUUGAAACAAAUGAACGAUUAUGGUGUCUGUUUCUUGGCAUAAUUAUAGAAGGUUCACAAUAGUUGAGUAUCAAAAAAGUUCAAACAGGAGAAGCUAUUGUUGAUCAUUAUACUUAUUUUCCCGACUUAAACUAAUUUUUACCUUUUACUUGCCUUUAUAUAGGGUCAAAUAUUUCUAAGAUAACAGCUGGGACAAUGGAAAAUUGACUGUGGAGAACACUGUUUUUAAUUUUUUCCUCUGUAGAAACCCAUUUAAAGAGAUUGCUCCUGAAGUGAAAUGCCCCAAGAUGUCUACCAUAACUAUCUUCUCGUGCUCCCAGUAUUGUGUGUGUGUGUGUGUGUGUGUGUGUGUGUG